AUGAGCUACCUGGAUGAAGUUCCUUUCCGGACAACCUGGAGCCUUGAUGGAGACUCUGGGGGAGAAAACACUUUAAUCACCGCCCCAGACAUCAAGAUCCCUGACUGCACUGACAUCCUCAUGAGCACCCUGCACGACUUCUCGCUGGAAAGAAGAGCACUUUACUGGGUUGAGGUGGCCUCCCAGCAGCAAACCUCCCAGCGUCCAGUCACCUCUGAAGUGGUCCCCACAGCUCCACCAUGCUGGCUGCUGCUGGUGGACCCUGCCGAGAGCUGUGGGGGCCGCGCACGGGACGGGGCAGUGCGGCGCUGCCGCAGCCUCUGCGCUGCCAACGGCAGCUACGGGCACGGCCGCGGCACCGGGUCCGACACCGAGAGCGAGACCUGGCACUCGGAUGAGGACGGGUACUCGGAGGAUGAUGAGUACUCCUCCACCUCCUGGGAAGAGAGUGACAAGGAUGACAAGGCUUUCAAGAGGAGAACCGCUGGGAGAGGCGUGUCUCUACAUCCCAGCUUUUACCAGACCCGACCAAAGACAUCACCUGGUUUGCUGGAGCCCCCACCAGAGAACAACAGCCAUAGCCCAGCCAGCCCGGACCUGAGCAAGCAGAAAAGAUCCAGAGUGAUAUUUAACAACAUGAAGAACGAGCUGGAAGCAGCAAGGAGGAAGUUGGCUUCUUUGGUGCAUCCUUUGAACAGAGCCACCUCGGAGAGCAGAGAGGUCCCAGUGCCACGGCCGCUCCCUCAGCGCCCCAGCAGCGCCUGCAGCAUCAAGUACAGGCCAGCCCGAGGCACGUUCCACCUGGGGAACAUAAUGCCAGCUCCUCCAGCCAGGACCAUGCUGAUCCCCCCAGUCAAACAGCAUAAACCCACGGUGCCGUCCCUCAGCCCCUACACCUGCCUCCCCCCUGCCUGCAAGCCUGCCUCCACGCCUGCAGAACCUCUCAGUUCCCACAGAUCCCAGCCGGAUUCAGCAGCUGACCUGCUCUCAGCGCUGAGCCAGGAGGAGCGAGACCUCAUUGAGCCCGUGGCAGCCUUGGGCUACUCCACCCGCAAAGCCAUCCUCACCCUCCAGAAGACUGGAAAGCAGAGCUUAAGUCAGUUCCUGAGCUACCUGAGUGCCUGUGACCGGCUGCGGAAGCAGGGCUAUGAGGAAGGGCAGGUGGAGGAGGCCAUGGAGAUGUUCCAGUACUCGGAGAAAAAGGCAGCUGAAUUCUUGCACUUGUUGGCUCAGUUUAAUGAUAUGGGUUUCCAGCAAAAUGAAAUCAAAGAAGUUCUUUUGCUUUGUGGGAAUCAGAGGGAGAAGGCACUGGAAGAGCUUGUGAUGAAAGCCCAGUGA